AUGGAUAAAGAACAUUUUCGUUUCUAUAAUAAAGUGCGUAUUGCACUUCAUAUUCAAUCAAUAGUUAUUCACAAUGAAUUAUAUACUGUCUUUGAUGGUCGAGAAGAAGUUGAAGAUGAAGAAAGACCUGGCAGACCUAUAAUGGAAAUAACAUCUGAAAAUAUUGAAGAAGUUCGCGAUCUUAUUAAUGACGAUUCUUAUGUUACAAUUGACGAACUCUAA